CCUUUGGAGGUGGACUCUGUAUACACUGUGUCUGACAGACCAAGAACAUCAAUUGUAUAUUAUUGAAUGUGACGUCAAUAACGUUCAAGGUGUUGUUGUUGCGAGAUCUAUCACAGUUUUCGUUUUUAUCUGGUGAGUUUCAUCGAAAAUGUCAAGUUUAGUCUUCGAUUGAGGAUGUUCAAGUGCUUAAAAUUGUUGGAUAAGUCAUCCUAGUAUCAUCAAUACCAACGUAUUUUAUUGUUUUCGUAUGUUAUAUAUUGUUUUCGAGUUCUUGUUGAGGAGUUGAAAAGUUACUGGUGUACUCCAGAUCAAGAACAAUCAUUCCCGAUUUAAAAUGCAGAGAUUAACAACCAUAUUCUUGGUAUUGUCUUGCACAACGACGAUCUUGUGUCAACAGCAACAAGGAGGCGAUCUUACAGAUUUGAUCAACUCCGUCUUCACUACACAAAAACCUGCAACAAACAAUCCCAAUCCUUCUAGGGGAGGAGACACUGGAACUGGUGGUAACACUGGAACGGGUGGUAACACUGGAACAGGUGGUAAUACCGGUGGUGGAGGCCUCAACUUAGAUCCAAACACAGGUGGGAUACCAGGAACAGGACAGUGUAACUGUGUACCAUACUACCUCUGCAACAAUGGCUCUGUCAACACCAAUGGUGAGGGAGUCAUUGAUAUAAGAAUCAACGAAGGGCCUUGUAACGACUACAUCGACAUCUGUUGCGAAAAAGACCAAACAGCCGAAACUCCCAUAACACCAGCACCCCGUCCUGAAAGAAACACAGGCUGCGGCUACAGAAAUCCAGAUGGCAUAGCCUUCAGGAUAACAGGAGCCAAUGACAAUGAGGCCCAAUACGGGGAGUUUCCUUGGAUGGUCGCCAUCCUCAGAGAAGAGACUGUGCAAGGUUCAACCAACGUGCUCAAUGUCUACCAAUGUGGAGGUGCUCUAAUUCACCCUAGGGUUGUAGUGACCGCUGCCCACUGCGUUACAGCCAAAGACAAGAGGUUCAAGAUCAGGGCAGGGGAGUGGGAUACCCAGACCAAAAAGGAGCUGUACCCUCACCAAGACAGACAAGUGCAGAGGGUGGUUUCACACAGGGAAUACUACGCUGGGGCUUUGUACAACGAUAUAGCCCUUCUUCUCUUGGACACCCCUGUGGAAAUAGCAGAGAACGUCAAUGUUAUCUGUUUACCUCAGCAGGACGAGGUCUAUGACAACUCCAGGUGCUUUGCUAGUGGAUGGGGUAAAGAUGUAUUUGGUAAAGAAGGAAAGUACCAGGUGAUCUUGAAGAAGAUCGACCUGCCGAUGGUACCAAGAGACAGGUGCGUGGACGAGUUGAGAAAGACACGUUUGGGCAAGUACUUCGAGCUCCACAAAAGCUUUGUGUGUGCUGGUGGUGAGAAAGGAAAGGACACCUGCAAAGGAGAUGGUGGUAGUCCCUUGGUGUGUCCACUGAAAGGACAGUCCGAGAGGUAUGUCCAGGUUGGAAUCGUAGCCUGGGGUAUUGGUUGCGGAGACACCAACACACCGGGUGUUUAUGCUAACGUGGCCAAGUUCAGGAACUGGAUUGAAGAACAGCUCAAUCUUUUGGAGGUACAAGGCAAGCCUUUCGAGUAUUAGUGGUGUUAGCGAAAUGGUUUGAGUUGAAAGGACAGUCUUGGUUGCAAGGCUGAUAUGUGAUGUUUUUAUGUUGAUUUUAUUUGGAGAAUUUGAUGCUUUUAUUCGUGAGGAUAUAUCUUAACAAGUGCCACUGUUCGUGUCUUAUGAACACUCAACGAUGAACCUGAUUUUAUUGUCAGAAAAAAUUGUUACUGUCUAAUAAAUUCGAUAUUUUAUUAAUUAUA